AUGACACCGGCAGCAGUGAAAACCGCGAAAAUUGAAACUCAUCUCUUGGAAAAGGUCUUCAACUCGAAAAGUGUCGUGAAAAAGAUACCCAAAUUCAAGAUUGGUGAUUAUGUGAGGAUCUCAAAGUACAAAGCACAAUUCAGUAAAGGUUACACCCCGUCAUGGUCUUCAGAAAUUUUCAAAGUUUGUAAAGUGAAAAGAACAAAUCCUGUGACGUAUAUUUUGGUUGAUUCGACAGGAAAAGAUAUUGCUGGUGGAUUCUAUCAAGAAAAAUUGCAGUUGGCAAAAUACCCGGACUCGUACCAGGUCGAAAAAGUUAUCAAGAAAAAUAAACAGAAAGCUCUAGUAAAGUGGCUAAGUUUCGAUUCGUCUCACAACAGUUGGGUCGAUGUGAAAAAUUUAAACAACGGACUAGGUUGA